UAUUUUGUUCAUUUCGGUGUAACCGACAAUCACCGAGAGAGAUAUAGAGAGAGGGUCAGAGGGAGAGAGUCAAUUGAGCUCUGCUCCUGUUGUUCUUGAUUAAUUCUAAGAAUUAAAAACCCUUUUCGAUUUUUGUUGCUCGUCAAUAUAUCUUCUGCUUCUGGAAAUUUCCAAUUCCUUAAUCUCUCUUCGAUUAUCAAACGAAUAUUACUCCUAAUUUCUGAUCCGGAAUCGCGCUUUAAUACAAUCACGAAUCAUUAUUAGGGUUACUUCAAGAAGAGGUUGCAAGUAGCUGGUGAGCAGCUUGCUCUCAACUUUAAACCAGUGGAAAUGGAUCAAAAUGCUGCAAUGGAGGAAGGGAAGGUUUUGAAAAAUGGUAUUGAAUUGGUCAAAUCAGUUUCGGAUAAGCAUCUUGAUCUUUUGAGGCCAUCUUCACGAUAUUUUUCAAUGUUUAAAGGGCAUAUGUCAAAUAAUAAUGAUCGUGAGAAAGGAAAGUAUGCACUUAUUAAGGAUUCAGAUGAUUUUCAUCAAGGCCUUUAUGACAAACCUCUUCCUUGUUUUGGAUGUGGAAUCGGAUGGUUUUCUUUCUUAAUAGGAUUUGCUUUCCCUUUGAUGUGGUUCUAUGCUACAUUCCUCUAUUUUGGAAAUUAUUAUCGGAAGGAUCCUAGGGAACGUGCUGGUCUUGCUGCUUCUGCUAUUGCUGCAAUGGGGUGUUCGGUUAUAUUGUUUAUUGUAGUGAUGGUUUUGGUGUUUGGUGGAAGAUAAUGUUUUGACAUUUGAUUGCACAAGAGAAAAGUUGAUAGAAAUACAAACAUGAAAAUGUUUGAAAUUGUGGUUUUUAGGGACACAAAUUAUGUAUACGACCAAAUUGUACAAUCUUGAGAAGCGUUUUUGUUUUUGUUUUUGUUUUCGCAACUGCUUUUGUGCUGUGAAAUUUGUACAAAAGUUAAUCAAGAACCUCACAUCUUUUGCAUUGCA